AGGUUCUUUGAUCUUGUUCGCAAGGUAUUCUUUCUUGUCAUAGCCUGAGCGCAUAUCCUACACCAUGUCCAGGCCCGAACAUAUCGCUCCUCCGGAGAUUUUCUACAACGACGAUGAAGCGCAAAAGUACACCCAGAACUCCCGUGUCCAGUCAAUUCAGGCAGAGAUGACCCUUCGCGCCAUCGACCUUCUCUCCCUCCCCGACUCACCAUCCUUUCUCCUCGAUAUCGGUUGCGGAUCCUGCCUAUCUGGCGAAAUCCUCUCAGAAGAGGGACACAUCUGGUGCGGUCUCGAUAUCGCUCCAUCCAUGCUGCAGGUAGCGCUGGAGAGAGAUGUCGAGGGUGACUUGUUCCUCCAAGAUAUUGGUGACGGGAUCCCGUUCAGAGCCGGUACCUUCGAUGGUGCGAUUUCCAUUUCGGUGAUUCAGUGGUUGUGUAAUGCGGAUAAAGCCGCCAAUGCCCCUGGUGUGCGUCUACGAAGGUUCUUCGAGACGUUGUACGCGAGUCUGAGAAGAGGUGGCCGAGCAGUUUGCCAAUUCUACCCCGAGUCAGAGCAACAAACGGCGCUCAUCAUGCAGAUCGCCACGAAGUGUGGUUUCGGAGGAGGUUUGGUCGUCGACUACCCCGACUCCAAGAAGGCGCGGAAGUACUACCUUUGCUUGGUUGCUGGUCAACCGGAUGCACCAGUAGCUUUGCCGCAAGCGUUGACUGGGGAGGAGGAGAGUGGUGUCAAGUAUGAGGGUAGAAGAGGUGCUGGAGGAGCUAUUCGGAAUAGGGAUAAGAAGAAGAAGGGGAAGGCGGAGCAGGGAUCGCGGGAGUGGGUGUUGCAGAAGAAGGAGCUCUACAGAAAACGUGGUAAGGCCGAUGUGCCUCGCGAUUCCAAGUACUCUACCAGGAAGAGAAAGGUUAGGUUUUGAGGAGUUAUCUAUGCAUAUUAUUAUUUGGGAUUUCACAGGCU